GGCCGUUCUGUGCCCCCAAUUAGACGGCAGGGGCCUUUCUGUCGGCUGUCGCCAUGGCGCCCAGCAUUGACACCUCCCUGCGAGCCUCGAAGAUGGAGAGCACCAUGUCGCCAAUUGCGAUGUCGCCUUUGCAUCUGAGCAACAGCCUUCAAGACUCCCCCCGAAUGGACAAGACCUUGGGCGAGUUCUCGACUCUGCCGCAACACUACGACGGCUCCUACAAGCCAGCAAGAAUGGGCCUACGCCGGGUGCUAGAAGCCGGCCGCAUGAGGAACCCGCUGGAGAUGCGGCAGUCCCACAGCGGCUGGGUGGAGCGCCGGCCGCUGAGCGCCAGUGGCGCCAAGGCGCGCCCCGCCUCGCCGCGGCAGCCGCUGAGCGGUCGCGCCACCACGGACUUCACCGACAAGGUCGCUGCGAACACCAGCACCGCAGCGGCAGGUGCGGGCGUAGCCUACAGGCCACCAGGCAUGCUGCAGCCGCAGCGCAUCGAGCUGCCGGGCUAUUUGAACACACCCGCCAGGCGUCCAGAUGGCGAGCCGCUUUUGCCGGAGGAGCGUACCACCUCCUUGCGGAAGAUCAAGGACCUGGAGAUGCUGACCUUCGCGUGUCGGCGCGCCUCCAAGCUCCGAGAGGAGGGCCGGGCCCAUUUCUCGCUGGGGGUGCUGCGCGACAACCUGGGGCAGUACCAGAAGGCCAUCGAGGCCUACACCCAGUUCCUUCGGGUGUGCAAGGAGUGCAACGAUGGCCAAGGAGCAGCUCUGGGGUAUCACUGCAUUGCGGUCGACUACCAGCUGCAAGGAAACGGAGUGAGCAAAGGCGGCGAGUCAGAAGAGCCCCAAAGUGGAGCCUCUGCAACGGUUGGGCCGCCAGCCUCCGAAAGGGCCGUCAGGCCUGAGCUGCUCAGGAAGGCAAUCCACUACCACAACAGGCAUCGAGAAAAUGCCGACAGCAUCGGCAAGUUCGUAGCGCACCUCAACAUGGGGCUUGCCUAUGCACAGCUUGGGGAGCGGGAGGCGUCCACAGUGAAUCACCAGUAUGCACUGAGAUAUGCCCUGCAGCUGCACAGCUUGGAAGGUCAGAGCUUGGCCAUUGGCAGCCUCAGCUUUAGCGCGGGCAUGUACGACCAGGAGCCGGAGAAGAUGAAAAUCCUGGUGGAGCGGUACGUUGACCUGUGCGCGACCCUGAAGCAGACGCGCAACCAGGCCAUUGCCCUCAAGAAGUUGGGCAUCCUUGCCAGUCAGCAGGGUCAGAAUGAGCAGAGCGUCGAGUACUUUCAAAGGGCCAUUGAGUGCGCCAGAGAGCAAGGCGACCACGAGGCUGAGAAGGAUUGUGCGGUGCGCCUGGGCAUUGCCGCGGGCCAGGCUAAGAUGGCCGAGCACCUCAGCAACAUCCUGCAGCGCUCAGUGAUCGGCUCUGACUGAUCAAUCAAGACAGGGUUCGCUCUCCCGAAUGCUGAAGCC